AGGUGAGCUUGUCAAAAGUGGAAAAAAAGUGUGUCUAUAAGGAUGCUUUGGAUAUUCUGGCAAAAACUUGGAGAAACGAGGGCAUCCGAGGACUCGGACCCGCAGUGUCACGUUUACCAGGUCAGAUACCAUAAGCUUCAGUGAUGCUCUCUCGACAUUACCUUAUGGCAGACACUUUUGGAUGGAUCACGUCUAGGGUUCUACGAGCCCUUCCGACGAGCAAUCAACUGCUCGAUAUGUAGAUCUAUCACCGACCAGACAUCAUUGACUUCUGUUGUAGCUGGUGCCGCAAGUGACACAAUAGGAGGUAUAGAGACAUUGGGUCUGACACGAAUACUAUUUUUUUUAUUCGCACGUAACCGCUUCGUCCGGGAACCCACUCUUCCUGAUAAAAGUACGAAUGCAGGCAUACUCCCCUAUAUUACCAGUUGGCACACAACAUUACUACAAGAGCUCGUUUGACGCAUUGGCUACUGUUUUCAGGACAGAUAAGUUUUGGGGUCUAUUACGUGAUGUGGAUGCAGCCAUUCUGCAAACAGCUAUGGCAUCUUCGGUUCAGCUUCCCACAUACAAAAUCAAUUCGUCCGUGUCUGGAAUUUGCAUGGUGUUUUUUUGCUCGUACCAAGUAACCAACAACCGUAGGAUUCUAACACCUCGUAGUGCAUUGUCAUGCAUCGUGCAGCCUGCUGACACGGCUCUAACCCGAGUAUACAACAAACCAACGUGCACACCUGAUGGUCGUUUAGCAGGGACAUUGUAUAGGAAUCCCAUCGACUGUCCCUGAGAGGUCCAGGUGGUACAAGGGUUAAACUACACAGUUUCUUCGUGUUGCGCCUCAUACUAUUCUUACCCUUACUGUGAACAAUAUUAUCUUGGGUUUGUAUAAGGAUAUCCAUAAUCGUAGAUCACAACCUCAACCUGAUACCUUUCUUCAUACUGAGCAAGAGCCUACAGGUGACUGAGCGCGUCGUAUGGUAGUCAACAUGAGGAUCUAAUAUGGAACAUGGCAAGAACACCCGUGGUAGAACGCAGAAUCCGUUCGUUUCAAACAAAGACCAUGAUGAAUUCCGGUACAAUGCGGGUCACAGAAUUCAGA